AUGAACAACGAAAAAAUACCAUUCAUUUUACAAUCAAAUAUAAUUUAUUUAGCAUGUACCUAUAGAGAUAGAUAUCAAUCUACUCAUAGAUUACAUAUUAAAGAUCUAUUCAAUACUGCCAAUGUUUCGAAAAGAUGGAGAGCAUCGGUUAAACGGUUAGUUGUACAAUACUUUCCUCUGGUGUUCAACCCAAGUCACUCUCUUCGAGAGUAUAAAAGACAUCUUUCAAAUCCUUUAUGUCUAUAUGACCACAUUCAAGUGAUCAAACCAAACUUGCAAAAGGGUUCACAAACGAUGCCACUCGAGAGUAACCUAAAGUACAUAACAGAGAAUGACAAAAGAAUGCAAUGGUUUCAAGGUUCAUUUCUCAAUCAACUAGAGACAAUAGAUUUGAAUUACCUAAACAUCAACAUUCUAUCAAGUGUUAUGCCCAUCUUGACAUUGGUAUUUCAAAGUCCUCUACCAAAGUUAAAUGCCUUGUACUUUCCAAUUCAAAAUACAUCAGUCAAAGAACUUGUCAUGCAACCAAUACCAACAUCAAUACAACUACAACAACAUCAACAACAACAACAGCAACAACAACAACAACAACAAAUAAUACCAAUACAACCAUUAGAAAUAGUAGAAAUAUUAAAAAUCAGUUUAAAUGAUUUUGAUUGGUGUCCUAUUCUUUGUCAUUUCAAACAACUGUUGGUUCUGGAUGUUAGUGUCGUGAAAAGAGACUAUUCAAUCAAUACUCUCUUUUCAAGUAUCCCACAAACAGUAUCUAAACUAAAGAUAUGGUUUGCUAGAGAUACUACUCAAUCUGAGAUUCAAUGGUGCUUGUUAACUCAAUCAAUAGAGAUAUUACAAUUACCCGAUCAUACAGAACCGACAGCAUCAUUGAUUCAAUACCUUUCAAAGAAUAGUAACAUUCAAGAAUUGAAUUAUUUGUUGCCAGUAGAUACGUCCUUGUCAUUGGAUCUUUUAAAAACAACAAAGAUAAAAGACAUCAAACUACUGUUGGGGUCAUCCAUUCAAAGCGAGUUUCGUAAUUCCACUCUUUCUUCAACAACAGAAACCAUCAACAUUCAACUUUAUCUUCAAGGUUUCUCUUCAUUGCUAUUUAGUGAUUUACUAUUAUCAAGUUAUUUGCCCAAACUCCAAACCAUCAGCAUCGACUUGGUAUCAACCACAAUGCCACCAGAAUGUCUGUUUGAUGUAUUGAUUGGAUUAGUUCAAAAAUCGAGUACAUUACGAGAAAUAAGACUAAAGAUGCCUUCUCCUUCAUUUCAAUUAAACCAAAAGUUCUCACAGUCUUGGCCAACUUGGCAUCCAUUGCUCUGCGCAGCCAUCCAAGAUAGCAAGUCUAUGAAGAAAUUAGUUUAUGUGGACCUAAAUAGCAAGUUGAUACCAUUGGGAGUCAAACAUCCCUUGCUGGAAAACUUAAAGAAAUCAGAAUUUGAAAUAUUAAACACAAAUAAUGAAGCAAUCAAAUUAGAUUCCUAA